AUGAACAAACCUUGGCGGCUUGACGACAUUGUCACAUGGGCCAUUGAUGACAACCAAAACGAACGCCUGACCUUUGCUCAUAUCCAAGGGCCUCCAGCUUCACGCAAGGCGAUCAGACUACCACGGAAAAUCAUCGAAUCGCCUCGAAUUUUGGACCACCGCCGCACCAUUAUUGUUCAGGUUCUUCCCGACUUCAAGAGGAAUGUAGUGGUUGAAGGUCGAGGGUCUUGGUCACCGAACCAUGAACUCAAGCCAGGCCAACGUCAACCUAAGCUGAAGGUUGAGACAUACCGCGAAUCUGAGACAAUGCCCGACGCAGAGGCAGACCGAAUAAUCUUUCUCAUCGAGGCUGACCCUGACUAUUCGGCGGAAUAUGCCCUAACAUUGGCUACCAUCACGUCAUUCGCCCUACGAAAAACAAGUAUCCAACGUGCAUUGCAUAUAAAGAUUGCAACUGUAUCGUGGGAAAGCAUCCACCCAGUCACGAAACAGCUAUUCCAUCAAUACUCUGGCCUCUUCACGGGUGUUUCCGAAUUCUUGCUUGCAAAAUAUGAACGAGAGCCAGCACAGCCCGUGAUUCUCAAGGAAAUGCCCUCAGAUCUGCUUAAGUAUGGUACAGUGUCCAAUGACUCUGGGACUAUAUGCCUGCGUUUUCGGGACGCAAUGUAUGAUGCUGAGGACCAGGAUGAAGGGAACACGGUGCCAUCGCAAUGGGAUCCUUGGAUCACAAUGAGCACCACAAAUGGGCACUAUACUUCCUUUCCACCAGGUGUGAAAGAGCCCGGACUCAAGCUACAAAUGAUUCACCUGAAUGCAAACGCGAGAAUAGCAGAACUCUUGCCCCCCUCCUACUCUGUCAGCAUUUUUGCGAGUCCUACGGUCAGGCGAGUCAUCUUCGAUCGCCGCUCUCAUCAGCUGUUGCAUACAUUUCUGUGGAUCUCAGAGUCGGAAAAACUUCAGCAGUUGUCAUGGCUUUAUCGAUCUCAGAGUUAUCAUUCUCCCGAUGUUCUGUGCCUUGAUCACUUCACCAAGCAUCGCGCAACAGAACGUCGAAUGAAAAUCCGAAAUGAACACGCCGAAGGGUUCAUGGCUGCCCUCCUAGAUUACACGCAAUGGCCUGCUACCAUUUGGGACUUAUUGAAAAUUGUUCGAAGGAAGGAUGAUGUUUUCGCUCACGUUGGUGAUCGCUUUAUCUUCCAAGGACUUACGCUGAGUCAGCAAGAUAGACCCAAAUUACCACCAAGAUUAAAUAACGGCCGCGCAUUCUAUUCUCUUUUGCCACAAAUCGAUUACGACUCGCGUAUCGCCUAUUUCCUCACUCUGGAAUCAAGCCCCUUGAUCGCCAUGAUGAGAGUACGCUUUGCCGCGCUGUUAAUGUCGGGAAAUGAAUCCCUGGAACUGCUCCAUAUUCAGAGGCUUGACUCGGGAACUAAGACAGCCAUACAAGAAUGCUUAAAAGGAUGUUCUCUGGUAUGCGACCCCGGCUCCUGGGUACAUCUCAGCACUCUAUGGGCAACCGCAGGCCUAGCGAGUAUGAUUGUUGCCGACGACGGCGAGGAUCGUGCCAUGACCCCUUUAGCUGAUGGUAGCAUUCGGGUUGUCACACUUGCAUCCGCAUUUUUGUCGCAUUUCAGUCAGGCCCUCGACAGAAUCUUACGCGCGAACGGAAUGGAAGUAACGGAAUUGGCCACCUUUCGGGAAUCUGUGAAUUACGAAAACUACAAGCAGAUAUCCCGAGACCUGCUGCGCGUAUAUUCACAUCAAGUGGCUUUUACAUCAAAGCCCAGAAGGAAAUUGAAAGAGGGAGAGUUGCCCUUGCUAAACGACUUUAUGACCAAGAAAAUUUUCAACCCCAACCUAAAUCUUGCAGUGAUCGAUUGGGACUACCUCUUCACUCAAGAAAAGACGGUAUAUGGUGUGUAUACGCAUUUGAAGCGUUUGGGAAACGGGGGGACCACUGUCUGUAACUGGACUUGGAUUCCCAGUGGAGUAUGGAACGAAUUCCAAGGAGAAAUGGAAAAGGUUCGCAAGAUGAAGGGGCGUAGGGAUGAGAAGAAUAGCGAUGAGUUUUGGCAAACUAGAUUUUGA